AAUCGAACUAUUGACCUUUCGGUUCAUGGGACUACGAUCAACCAACUAAGCCACUCCAGCUGGACACACCACUCCCAUUCUUAAAGCCCAGUGUGGCUCCCAGUGCCUUCACAUUCAAGCUCUGAUUCCUUGUCCUGGUAUUCAAGGCCCUUCAUGAGGUCAUAGCAGACACUGAGUCUCACCUCUGGACCUUUGCAAAGGCUGAUUCCAAACUUGCAAUGCCCUGUAACAGCCCCAUCAUCCUUCUAGUAAAUAUAUACCUAUUUAAUCUUCCAGACCCAACAAGUGUUAGUUUCUUCUGGAGGCCUUCCCUGACUCUCAGGCUACAGUCUUGAGGUAAUUAAUGAGAGAGACAAGAAAGGAUAGAACCCUCAAGAGGCCAAACUUUCUUUCAGUGACUAUUCUUCAGUGUAUGAAGACAGACAGCAUCCAGAACCGAACAGCCCGUGCUCUGGGCAACUUAGCCAUGGAACCUGAGAGCUGUGGGGACAUCCAUUCUGCUGGUGCUGUUCCCCUACUCAUUGAGAGCCUGACAGCCUGCCAGGACUCACAGUGCCUGCAAAGUGUGGUCCGUGCCCUCCGCAACCUGGCAGACUCACCCCAGCACCGCCUGGCCCUGGCACAGCAGGGAGCAGUGCGCCCACUGGCUGAGCUUCUGGCAGCUGCCCCAGACCCUGCACUGACCUUGGCCCUAGUCCGUGCCCUCCUGGAACUGAGCCGAGGCUGCUCCCGGGCCUGUGCUGAGCAGCUAAGUCUGGGUGGGGGACUAGGGCCACUGGUCAGCCUGGCCUCCCAUCCCAAAAAGGCAGUACGCGAGGCAGCUAUCCUGAUCCUUGCCAAUCUGUGUGCCCAGGGUCUGGUACGGCCUGCACUAGGCAAUGCUGGCGGUGUGGAGGUGCUACUGGGUGAGCUCCAGAGGCGCCGGGGCCCCAGUGGGGCUGGCCCAGCCUCCCAGCAGCCCCUGGUACGGGCUGUGUGCCUACUUUGCCGGGAGGCCAUCAACCGAGCCCGGCUGCGGGAUGCCGGUGGUUUAGAGCUGCUGAUGGGUCUGUUGCGGGAUCCCCGUGCCAGCGCCUGGCACCCUCGUGUCGUGGCUGCUCUUGUGGGCUUCCUCUAUGAUACAGGGGCCCUGGGCCGGCUACAGGCUCUGGGUCUUGUACCUCUCUUGGCUGGGCAGCUGUGUGGUGAGGCUGGUGAUGAGGAAGAAGAGGGGAAAGAAGCUGCUUCCUGGGACUUUCCUGAGGAGCAGACCCCUGAGCGGGUAAAAGCUGGAAGCUUCCGAAGCCUCAGGUCCUGGCUGAUAUCUGAGGGCUAUGCCGCAGGCCCAGGAGACAUCUCUCCGGACUGGUCUCCCGAGCGCUGUCCGCUGCCUCUGCCUCCAGAGCCGGCCCAGCCAGCCAGCCCCGCCAGACCUGCCCGGGGCCCAGCCUUGGUGCGGACGCCUCGAGGCCGCAGCCCUGCCGCCCCCGAAGAGCCUUGGGGCCGCGAGGGGCCAGCGCUGCUGCUGCUUUCCCGCUUCUCCCAGGCUCCAGACCCAAGUGGGGCGCUGGUGACUGGCCCAGCCCUGUGUGGCCUGCUGGCCUACGUGACCGGUGCGCCGGGCCCGCCAAGCCCACGGGCACUGCGCAUCCUGGCGCGCCUCACCUGCAACCCCUCCUGCCUCGAGGCCUUUGUGCGCAGCUACGGGGCAGCACUGCUGCGCGCCUGGCUGGUGCUUGGUGUAGCCCCAGACGACUGGCCCACACUGCGUGCCCGGCCCCUCAGUCUGCGCAGCCAGCACCGGGAGCUAGGUGAGAUGCUACUGCAGAACCUGACUGUGCAGGCUGAAUCGCCCUUUGGAGUGGGUGCCCUCACUCACCUCCUACUUUCUGGGAGUCCUGAGGACCGUGUGGCCUGUGCAGUGACCCUGCCCUUCAUCUGCAGGAAGCCUUCUCUGUGGCGCCGGCUACUUCUGGACCAGGGCGGCCUCCGUCUCCUCCUCUCGGCACUAACUCGGCCAGCACCACAUCCACUCUUCUUCUUCUUUGCUGCAGACUCCCUUUCCUGCCUCCAAGGCCUGAUGUCUCCCACUAUGAGCCCAGCCCUCCCUCCUGCAACCCCCUCGGACCUAGACCCACCCUCCCCUUGCCUCUAUGAACCUCUGCUGGGUCCAGCUCCCACCCCAGCCCCUGAUCUACACUUCCUACUGGACUCCGGCCUACAACUCCCUGCCCAGCGAGCUGCGUCAUCUGCUGCCUCCCCUUUCUUCCGGGCCUUGCUAGCUGGCAGCUUUGCCGAAGCCCAGAUGGACCUGGUACCUCUUCGAGGCCUGUCACCCAGCGCAGCCUGGCCUAUUCUGCAUCACUUGCAUGGUUGCCGGGGCUGUGGGGCAGCCCUGGGGCCCAUUCCCCCACCAGGCCAGGCCCUGCUGGGCUCAGAGGCUGAGGAGGCUCUGGAGGCUGCUGGCCGUUUCCUGCUACCUGGGCUGGAGGAGGAGCUAGAAGAGGCGGUGGGCAGUAUCCACCUGGGACCCCAAGGUGGCCCAGAGUCAGUGGGUGAGGUAUUCCGCCUGGGCCGGCCCCGGCUGGCUGCCCACUGUGCACGCUGGACACUGGGGCCAGGGCAGUGCCCACGGAAGAGGGCCCUGGCCUUAGUGGGGCUUGUGGAGGCAGCAGGUGAGGAAGCAGGUCCCCUGACUGAGGCAUUACUGGCUGUGGUGAUGGGAGUUGAAGUGGGGAACAAGGGUCCCAGGCUAGGUUGUUGAUAUCCCCUCGGAGGGGACCCAAGGACGAAUUGGCAAGAAGGCGGCCUCCUUCAGAGUGGCACAGAGAGGAGGCUAGGCAGAGGGAGUCACCAUUCAGGACUCACAAGAGGAUGGAACUGGACUCCAGGAUGAUGGGCUGAAGAGUCAGGAGUGAGACACCAAGGCCAGGGUCUGGGCAUGAGGCCUGUGAGGUGGAGAAAAGCUCAGGGCCCCAGGCCCCUGGUCUCACCCAGUCUUCUGGAGUUGGGAUUAAAACUUUGGAGUUGGAUAUUC